GGUGUCAGAGGGCCCUUUGUGACAUGUGGUGGCAUAGGAGCUGGCGGUGACAGGGCAACGCCACAGUGCCCAGUGCACGCGACGGGACAGGACGCGGCAGAGCGGUGCUGUGAGGAGCCCCCGCACAGCGCACUCGUUUGUGUCUGACCCGGAGCUUUUCCAAGUCUUUACUCAUACAGGUGACCUCGUGGCAAGACUGCGGGCCUUGGUGGCCCGUGGCUUUCCCGAGGCUUUUCUUUUGCAGGUGUCUGCCAGGCCAGACUGCGAGACUUGUAACCUGGAGCUUUUCUGAGGCAUCUCCCAUUCUCCCGGCCUCUGCCCUCAAGGUGCCUUCAAGGCAAGAUUGUGUCAUGGCGGGCAGAUUCCUCAGGCUGUUCAAGGUGUUCAGGGGGAAAAGAAAGAAAGAACCUGGAGCUGCCCCAGCACAACAGCCGGAAGAGCUGGAGCAGUUCCAGCCACUGCAGGAUGAUGCAGCCAUGGCCCAGACACAAGAGCAGGACACCGCCCGUGGCCGCUUCCACAGAGCAGCGCAGAGGUUCCGGAAGUUUCUGCGCAUUCGGCGUAGAAAGAACACCACCACAGCAGCAACUGAGGGCGCAGCUGAGCCUGACUCUGGGCUGGCUGAGCUCCAGGCAGAGCCUGAUGUCAGCUCAGAUUCAGCUGAGCUCUCAGAAGACUCUGAUGCUGCAGUGAAUGAUGAGAGGGCAAACUCUGACAUGGCAGUGAAUGAGGACAUGGCCAUACCAAACGAUGACACUGAAGAGACUCAGGGCAUUGCAGAUGCUGACAUCACACCCACUCCUGCUCUGAGUCAGGAACUCAUAAUGGACAAUUUCAAGGACAACUGUGUUUCUUCUGAGCAGUUGGUACCCAGCCUGGGGCCAGAACUGGAGGCCUCCCUGGAUCAUGUUCCCUCUCAAGCCACAUCCACAGGGCCCACUCAGCCUUUGAGGCCAGCAGAGUGUGAUGGGAUGGUGCCAACUAUUGUAAGGAACAUUCAUCAGAGUCUCGUGUCCCAUGUCACUGUGGAUGUCAGGCAGCAAAUUGACAUUAUUAGGCUGGCUGAAGAACACCCUGUUGAUGUGGUGCUGACCCUCCUGCGCUGUGCCCCAUCAUGUGACAGAGCUGCUGCCAUGAUGUGGCAAACCAUAGGCUCAUCAGGACCAACAGUGGAGAAAGUGCUGCCAGCACUGCUCUGUGUGAUGGAGAACUGGCCACUUUGCAGCAUCUGCACCUCUGAUGGAGAUGACCAGGACAUUUUCCCCCUGACUGCAACUGUGGUGCUCUGGGUGAUUAUCCAAGUGCCUGAGUGCCACGAGGCGAUGAUCCUUUAUUUUGUCCGCCUGUUUGUGGCUCUGCUGUUCCAUGUUGUCAUCACCACCCAGCAGAUGCCACCAGUGGAAGCUGACAGCAUCUGGAGAGCAUGCCGGGAGCAACACCGCCUUCCCAGCAACCCCAACAGGUUUGCAGUGUGGACCGUGAAGGCUCUGCUCUGCCGACUACGGUGUGACAACGAGUUGAUGGCUAUGGAGCGCAAGCAUGGCUGGGACACACUGCUCUGUGCUGACACCCAGCACUAUGCUGUGGGUCUGCUGGCCAGGGAGAUGCGCCAUGUCUUGAUCCCCUUCUGUUCCCACAUUGCGCUUCAGCUGCUCAAGUCACUCAGAAGGGAUGAGCCAUGCUGUGAUCUGUCCUUCCUGGCAUUCCUUGUGGAGGUCCUGGAUUGCCUGGACUUGCGUGAAUGUAGUGACAGUGUCCUGGAGAUCAUGUCAAGGCACCUGCAGAGCAAGUGCAGGCAGAGGCGUCGCCUGGCGCUCAGAGGCCUCGUGGUGCUCAGCAAGUAUCCCUUGAUGGCCAUAAGAAUGUGCAGCCUGUCUCAAAGCCUUCAGGAGCUGCUGGGUGACGCAGAUGGAGAUGUUGUUGGCAUGGCCCUCUGUGUAUUCAUUAAUAUGCUCAACAAUAAAGACAUCCUGAUGUCCAGUACCACUGCCCCAAAGCUGGCUGAGGCACUCCUGCUGCUCUUUGACCAUGACCACAGCCAUGUGCAGCUGCUCUCCCUUGACCUCUUCUUCAAGGCAAUGGAUUUGGUAGUGGAUGAGGGAAAAAAGCCCCUGAAGAAGCUAGCCAGAAUAAACAUCUUCUGA